UCCCUCAAAAUACUGCUUGAAAUAUCUUUAUUUAAAAUGGUUUUGUGUACAUCAUUUUGCUAUUAUUUUGACCUACGUUGGGGCUGCAUUUUGUCCGGAUUGGCAUUGCUCUUUUACUACUCGUUAAUGGCAUAUCUGCAGUUCGAUGAUCUCGAGAACACAAAAGUGGAACUCGAUGAUAGCAUCGAUGGACAUCUGGAUACUCAGGGCUUUUUGGUGUUGGGCACAACAUACAGCGUUAUGGCAGUCGUCUGUUUGGUCCUGUUCCUGGCUGGUCUGCUGAAAUCCCCUUGGUUGUGCCUGGCCUUCCUGCUGACCCAGAUACCAGCGGUCUUGGUGAAUUGUUUCUACCUUUUUGUGGCCUUUCUCUAUACCAUUGAGGUGGAAAUGUUCAUCAUGUAUGCAGUGCCGCAGAUUUUGGUGAUUUACAUCGAUCUGGUGGCAUAUUCCUAUAUGGCGGAGCUUAGGAUCGUUGCCAAAAUCCGUAAAUAUGCGAAUGCUGAAGCCAAACCUGAAGAAUAUUGAAGUUGCUUUACCCUGGGGGCAAAUAUCCAAAUUUUAACCACAUACUAAAUGCUUUUUCCGGUAGAAUACACCAACAACCGCGAUAAGGUCGUCGCAGGGAGAGAGAGUAAGAAACAAAACAUGUCAAGAAAUAAAAACCAAAAUGAUUUAUCAUAAUGGGAGUUUGGAGUCUGAAUCGGUUUCGGAAUC